AUGGGAGACUACGGAGAGGGAGACCUACUUAGCGAGAACGUGCAUCUCUUCAAGUGGCUUCCACAGACGGAUUUACUGUACCAUCCAAAAACCAAGGCAUUCAUCACUCACGCAGGCUACAACAGCGUUCAGGAGGCGAUUCACGCCGGCGUUCCAAUGAUAUGUCUGGCUCUUUUCGGAGAUCAACCAAGAAAUGCAAAGGUCACUGAAAAGCUAGGAAUCUCUACAAAUCUAAGAAAAACUGAAAUCUCUUCGGAAAAAAUUGCAACAGCAAUUCGUGAGGUGCUAGAAAACGAUAGAUACCGAGCGACUGCCAGGAGACUAGCUCGUAUGGUUCGCAAGAAGCCUGUCUCUCCAAAAGAUUUGCUAAUAAAAUGGACCGAAUUCCUUGCCGAAUUCAAAACACUCGAAAAUUUAGUGGUAACUCGAAUAAAACAAGGGGCAGGACCCUUCCUGUUCAAUUUCGCCAUCGACGACAUUACACGAGGAACAGUAGAUCAGUGUCCUACCCCUAUCAUCCUAACACCAUCACAACGCCCCUUGACCGAUCUCGAGCCGCUGACGACGUUGUUAUAUUCGCGGAAAGCAACACGAGACUUCAGCUUGUUGUCAACCUUUUAUCGAAGCUGGCUGCAGCCUAUGGAAUACGUCUACGCUGUGAUCAAUGCAUGCAGAUGUGUGUCUCUUCGGAACCUCGAACGGGAAUCAGAGUGGGCGGACAACUGA